CUAAAAUCCUGAUCAAAGAAAAUGCGAGAGUUAUGCUCACAACCAAUGUGGAUAUUAGCGAUCGACUAAUUAAUGGCCAGUUAGGUACAGUAAUAAAAGUUUCAGUUGACAAUGUUAGUAAUAAACCCUCCACAAUUUUUGUUAAAUUUGAUGACAGUAAUGCUGGAGUGUCAGCUAUACGAAAUUCGUCCAGUAGUUUUGCAAGAGAAAACAAUCUUGUUCCUAUCAAACCUAUAUUAGCGAGAAUUAAAGUCAGACCAGGAAAACCAUCAUCUCCUGAAAUGCAAAGAUUACAAUUUCCUGUAACUCUCGCAUGGGCAUGCACUGUUCAUAAAGUACAAGGAUUAACUCUAGAUAACAUUGUCGUCAGUUUUGAUUUAAAAAAGCAAAGGUACUUUAACUAUGGUCAGGUAUAUGUAGCACUUAGUCGAGCAACGUCUUUAAAUGGCCUGCAUAUCUUAGGAACACUUGAAAGUAAACAUAUUCGAGCAAAUCCUAAAGUCCAGGAAGAAUACGAGAGAUUGCGUGAAAAUUCGAGUCUCCACCCGCAUAUUACAACAGAUUUAUGUAACACAGAAACUGUCUCAAUUUGUCUUUUAAAUAUUAGAUCACUUAAAAAACACAGUCUUGACCUAUGUAAUGACCCAAUCUUGUCCAAAUGUGAUGUGCUGGCUCUAACGGAAACUCAACUUUUAACCAGUCUACCAAAUGAUGAUAUUGACUCAAUCCUUAACGAUUUUUCUAUACACAAACAAGAUCAUAAUUCUGACAAGUUCUUAAGUCUAGCUGUUUGUUACAAUGACACUAUUACACUUUGUGAUACAGAAUAUUUCACUUCAAUAAAUGGUUUACGAUUUUUACUUAAUAACUCUGGUGGAUAUAGCUUAUCCUGUCUACUGCUUUAUCGUAAGCACGGAUGUGAUAUUCAGCAAUUCAUAGCUUGCCUAGAUUACAUAACAACUAGCUUGGAUAUUGAUGUUAUAUUUGGAGAUUUUAAUAUUGAUUAUUUUAAUGAAAAGAACAUAUCUUCAUUGAAAGUACUCGCCGAGUCUUUAAAUUAUGUGCAACUUGUAAGUAAACCAACAUUUGUUUCUUCUGGAAGUCUUCUCGAUCAUGUUUACGUAAAACAGUCAAUAAGCAAUAAAAUGGAAGCAAGCGUUGUAAGUGUGUAUUAUUCAGAUCAUGAGGCUGUUAAGGUAACUGUAAGAUUUUGA